CAGAUCACGUCCAGGUGCUGGAUCGUUGGAUCGUUCGUACCCCAAUAAAGUGCGAAAUUCUGAAAUAGGAAAUUCAAAUUUUGUGUUACGCGAUCCUGAAAAAUGCGUGGGACAAUCGCAAAAGCUCGAAGUGGUCGGUUAAAAUUACUGUUCUUGUGCCAAGAGUCAAUGUCAAAAAUGCAAAUGGGAGCCUCAGAUCGUCGUGCAGGGCGGAUCCAGAAUACAGCACCGGAAGUAAGUAGUUGCUGCCGCCCUGUGUGUCAAAAUGCAAUUCCUACCACCCUUCUUCCAAACCUGGAAAACAGGAGCGCAUCACUUAUGGUUAUGGUUAAUCGGCGAUCAACAAUAACAAAUUGUACGUUGUGAUACUACUAAUUUGAGCCGCUCUUUGAGGAAUUUUGAAGAAUUGUCGUCUACUAUGGAUGAACGCAUUGAAUCUUACCACAUUCACUGUAGAAUAUCUUGAAGAUCUUGUUCAAAAACAACUACUUGUACUUACCCCAAUUGCGAAAAAAAACCAAGAGUAAUCUUACACCCGUCCCACUCAUAUUUAAAGAACAAAGAGGAGAAGCUAGCAGGAGUGAGCUAGUACCGAAUAAAACUACCAGCUGCAAUUUCGUUUGAUUUUUGUAGAGGACUGGCAAGUAUCUAUCAAUUCAAACUACAACCAUCAAGCAUCACAGCAAUUUUUUCCAAAUCUACACUUUUAUUUUUUUUGGUUCUGUCACGGCACAAAAAGAAAAAUGGUGAGCAAGUGCGCACAUCAUCGUGUCGGCAAGAUGGAUGCCGCUCUUUCAUCUUCUGUUCAACUCCGGAGGUGCUUGUCAUCUCUUGGAACGGCUAUGAUGUUGCUAGGCUAUGAGACGGCUCCGAAUUUUUGCUUUGCGGUGCGGGUCCGCCGCUCGCCGGUGGAGGAUGAAGCGCCGACGCAAGAAGAACCGGACGACGACAGCAGCUCCAGCAGCCCGAUGCUGAUGUUGAGCUUGUAUCGGGGAGACGAGCACCUGGAGUGGAAGGGAACAAGCAAGUCCUACAAGGGCAAGGACAGGCAAAACUUCGCGUUAGUGGAAACAACGUUCGUGCCCCCCUACCACGCGACCUCCCCGCGUCCCAUUGGCUCCAUUUUUGACCGCAGCGACUGGUAUCUGGGAACCCCCGAGGAGGCGAGUUUUGCGGAGUUUCUCGGCCUAGACGAGGUGAAGGAAGUGGUUCAGAAUGCGAAAGAGCAUUACAAACGCGCGGCCCAGGUGGGAGGGGACACAUUUGCCGCGAAGGAAAGGUUCUUGCGGAUCGCGGUCGCUUGCCCGGUGGAUGAAAAACAUGCGGAAAGGAAAACAGGAAGUCGACCGCAGUUGCUCCGACUGCUGCCCAGCCAGGAUGUCGCCCGGGCUGGUUCGUUCCAGCAAGUCGUGUACGAUUGCGGAACUUCGUUAGGAAGAACUUCUGCCGCGGCGGGGGGAGACGAACACGGAGUAGACCACGAGGAUCGUGAAGUCAUCAAUCUGUCCCUCGUGUUCGUGGAGCCCAAUCUGAAGAUUUUUCAGAGCGGCUACGAGGACGUCAAGCCUGUGAAGGUUUAUCCCCUCUCGGAACUUGUCCAAGAGGACGUCGCAUUGUCUCACGUGGGGAACGUUUUUGUGAAGAAACUUCGUAGAAAAAAACCCGAGGUAUACGGCCAACCAGCAGCUUCGGGGGGUUUAAUCGUUUCAGACUUGGACUGGUACUGGAAGUUUGGGUCCGAGGCACGUGGUGCGGGGGUGCAUGACUGUACUACAGGUCGCAGUUGUGCUUGGAAGGUACUGAAAUUAGCCGGCGGAGCGGGAUCGGGGACGGCGGGAGGUGCUGGCGCGUUGGGUGGAAGCUGCACCUCCAGGGGGAGAAGUAGAAGUGCCAGCGAUGAACAUCCUGCUUAUCGUGCCACCGGAGAUCAUGAUGUGGCUGCAGACAUCAACGACGAUAGCAGAGGCGGACAGCGUCCCGGCGCUGAUGGCAGCUCACAGCAGGCCAAUGCCCACCUGACCCAGGCGGAAUACCAGGCUGCGCUGAUCGAGGCUGAGGAGCGGAAGGAGUUGGUGCGCGCAGUUCGGAAAAAGCUUCUGUCGCGUCCCGCCGAGGUCUGGGCGCCGGAAGCGGGUCCCAGUCCUGACGACGGGGAUAUCACAGAGAGCGAUUUAGAAGGUGUUGAUCUCGAUCCCUCCGUCGACGUUGGGUCGGGUGGACGGCCGAGUCAUGAGCGGCCCAGCCGCCUCCACGAGCACGAAGACAUUGAUAUCAGCGUCGGCGUGAGCGCGCAAGCCAAAAGGAGAAUGGAAGCGUUGCGCUCCGCCAAACAAGCGCCUCGUGAGUCAACGUCAGAACAGUGGUCUCGUCCUGCGCACCAUCAUUUCCCCCAUCAGCAAGUCGCGGAAGGAGAUGACCGGAGGAAAACAAGCGGCGUCAAGAGCAGACCGGGUUCUGUGGAGGGUGCAGCUGACCGGGCGAAGACAAGAAGUCCUUCGCGAGACUCUGUCGCUUCCCCCAGUCGUGCAGAAGCUGCUUCUGCACUUCAGCAGCAGGACCAGAAAAAGAAAAACCCUCGUCAGAUGACGAGGUUUCAAUCCCCGCCACGCGCUUCUCGAUCUCCAACCAGGAGGGCCGCCGGGGGGUCAGCAUCUGCAUCCUCUGGAGUAAAUGGCGGUCAUCGACGCCAGGAGACGCCGGAUCCGCCCUACGCGGAUAAAACCCCGCCGCCGUCGCCGGUCCCGGCCAAGACCAGAGGCGAACAAGAUGAUGACCUCGCAGGGUAGAAGAGGAGAAGCGUUGGUCUCUCGGGGACCAUCGCAACGACGACAAAACAGCGCUUAGGAGGAGUAAAGGCCGCCGCGUCUCAGACUUAUAUAGGCCGUCGCGCCCAUCGGGCGUGAACAAAUGAAGACUGGGCGAGCAAGAAGAACUGACGUACGAUUAUAUAGAUUUUAUAUUUUUCCCGGAGUAGUACAAAAUGAAAAGCAAAACGCAGCAAUUACUAAACGGAGUAAAAAAAGCCUCGUGAGUGCUCGCGAAGGCAACCAGGAAGAGAAAAGCGCAUUCGCAGCGGGUGUAGUCACGAUUUUCCCGGAUGUUUUUUCCGGAUGAUUUUCAAAAAGAAGAAUUAGAACUUCUCUGUGAAAAUCACGUCUUGUGCAUCUUCGCUGCAUCCUGGUAGAAUUUAUUUAAGCACGAAGCAGUAUGAAAUCAUAAGUAAUUAAAUCAAUCUUCCAAAGAGAUGUGAGCUCAGCCUAAGUUUAGUUGGUACUCUAGUACAACGACAAACAGACCAUUGUAGAGCCGUAUGUUGAGAUGAUUUCGCCUACAAGCUUGGUAGGGAUAACUACCAAGAUGUAGCCAUGAAAACGGCCCGGCGCUGCAGUGAGUGUGUGGAAAUGAAAACACAAGCAGAUGGUGUAGGUACAACAGUUACUUAUCGUACUAUCACAUGUUGCGCAAGUAAAUGACGCGAGUGUUGUUUGUCCUUUAAGUACCAACUGCCCUAGAAGUAGGACCAUAACUACACGAGCAUCUUUGCAUCAGUUGUAACAGUAUUGUACGUGUAGUACCGCCAUAAGGCUAUAUCUAUCCGCACGGAAUUUACAUUUUCAGAACGAAGAAAUCUCGCAUUCACGAAAGUCGUCGUGAACGCGGGAAAUAGUUUUUCGUCCUAACGCAUCAAGAACAAGAACCAUAAUGACACCGAGAAGUAACAGAAGUGGUAUGCUAUGUCUAGUUAUAAUUGUCUCUGCUCCUCGAAACCCCAGUUUAUUUUCCCGUAAAAACCAAAACGAAGUCGCCCAUUUGUAUAAUCCCUUGCACGACUGGUCAUGUACUAGUUUACAAUUACGAUCCACACGACCUGUGUUGCAACUACCUUUCGAGCCUUGCGUGCUUAGACCCAAAGGGCGUGCUGGAUCCGAGAAGAGCUUUUUUACCGCCGGGUAUUACUGAACGAGAACACGAACUACGAACAUAUCUCCAAGUUGUAGAUGACCCGCGUAUAAUUAAGCUGAUGAGGUGCUAGGGAUAGGGUUGGCUUCUUCAUCAGUUCUGGAUUACCCCAACAGUUUUGGACAAAGUAAGAGAGUUUUGUAUCUAACCCAAUCUGUUUUGUGGCAGAUGAGAUGAAAAAGUGUAGCACCACCAAGCACGCAAAAACCGAAUUAUUGACUGAGUAGUGAAAGAACACGAGGAAGCAUGAGUAAAAGAAGCAAAAAGUACUUAGCCUUUUUCACGGCUGGUAGCAGAGCGCCUUUUUCACGCUCUGGAGACCGGCGUGGAGAUCAAAUGGAAAAAUAAGGGUUCACAUUUACGCAUUGAUUUUUCGUUCGUCAAUUCGAAUUCAGCAACGCAAAUUCCUCUAGUACAUGAGUAGCGAGAAAACUUGCAAUGCAGAUAUCCUGUUACGUCGGGAAAACAUGUAUGAAACCAGGCUUCUUCAACCUAGGCAGAUCUUGUAUGAAAGGGCUUAUCUGUCUUCCUUGGCCUGCAAUGCAAUGCGUAACUGUAACUCCAAGUACUACACUUUCUUCUUGCGAUAUUGCAGCUUUUGCAUUUUCGUGGAGUCAGGGAGAAUUUCGGUUUGGAGGUAUUGGACCAGGUCGAAGG